AUGAUCUGCGCCACCUCCGACCGUUCCGGCACGCAGACGGAGCUGGAGGCGGUGCAGAAGUACCUGGACAGCCUGCAUUCGGGGUGCGACGAGACGACCGAACCGUACGAGGAGCAGGUCCGUCGCCGCACAUCGGAGAUUGCCGGGUUGAAGGAGGCGCUGUCCAUCCUGGAGGGCGAG